GCGGCGCUCCGUACAUGAGCAUCGACCGAAUGAAUGAACGGAGCGGAUGUCGGCGGCGCUGCUCGGUAAUAACCGUACCGUGGGCUCCGUCAUCGGCUCGAGCGCGUCCGCCUCACUCAUUAUAUCGAGGGCUGAGUCUGUGGCAUGUCCACCCCGGAGCCCCCGUUAGGAGGCACGCCCUGCCCGGGGCCCUCGCCUGGUCCGGGCCCGUCUCCAGGGGCCGUGCUGGGGUCCGGACUGUCCCCUGGAUCCUCACACAGCAUGAUGGGCCCCAGUCCCGGACCAGCCACUUCCACAGGACUCUCCUUUCCUCCGCAAGCGCCUGCGGGAUACAGCCAGGAGAGUCUGCACCAGAUGCACAAGCCAGUGGAGGAGAACCUUUCAGAAGACGCUCGCUUCACUCAGAUGAAGGUGGUUCCGAUGAGGAUGACCCGUCCAGGGAGCCCAAUGGACCAGCACUCGCAAGGAUACCCGUCUCCGCUGGGCUCUUCAGAGCACGUGUCCAGUCCCGUGUCCGCCAGCGGGCCUCCAUCAGGUCCUCUCCUGUCCACCUCCGGCUCUAGCUCUGCCUCGCUGGACGGUGUGGACAGCCAGAGCCUCCCGCAGCAGAACCGUCCGGGAAGCCAAAGCACGGCCCCGGGCCCCAGCGGCUCCUCCGCUCCGACGCCCUUCAACCAGAGCCAGCUGCACCAGCUGCGGGCGCAGAUCAUGGCGUAUAAGAUGCUGGCGCGCGGGCAGCCGCUCCCAGAACACCUGCAGAUGGCGGUGCAGGGCAAGCGGCCCAUGCCAGGGAUGCCCCAGGGACCGUCUCUGACCAGCCUGCCCCCCGGCGGAGCGAGCGCCGGCUUCAGCCGAGGACAUGGGAUGGUGGGACCCAACAUGCCUCCUCCUGGACCUUCUGGAGUCCCGGCUGGUGUUCAGGGCCAGAACCACAACGGGCCCCCGAAACCGUGGCCUGAAGGUCCUCUGGUCAAUGCGGCGACCCCCUCGAACGCUCCUCAGAAGCUGAUGCCGCUGCAGCCCACCGGACGCCCCUCUCCUGCACCCCCGUCUGUGCCACCGGCCGCUUCUCCGGUCAUGCCACCGCAGACCCAGUCUCCAGCACACCUGGGCCACUCGUCUCAGCCCGCCACCAUGGUGCCACUGCACCAGAAGCAGAACCGCAUCACGCCGGUUCAGAAGCCCUGCGGUCUGGACCCGGUGGAGAUCCUGCAGGAGAGAGAGUACAGGCUGGAAGCUCGUAUCACUCACCGUAUUCAGGAGCUGGAGAAUCUUCCAGGGUCUCUGGCUGGAGAUCUGCGCACCAAAGCCACGAUUGAGCUCAAAGCGCUCCGACUGCUCAACUUCCAGAGACAGCUGCGUCAGGAGGUGGUGGUUUGCAUGAGACGCGACACGGCCUUAGAAACCUCACUGGACUCAAAGGGCUACAAGCGCAACAAGAGGCAGUCGUUACGUGAGGCACGAAUCACAGAGAAACUAGAGAAACAGCAGAAGAUCGAACAGGAACGCAAACGCAGGCAGAAGCACCAGGAAUAUCUCAACAGCAUCCUGCAGCACGCCAAAGACUUCAAGGAGUACUCUCACACAGCUGAGGAUGAGGAGGGUUACCGGAAGCUCAUUGACCAGAAGAAGGACAAGCGUCUGGCGUAUCUGCUGCAGCAGACGGAUGAGUACGUGGCUAAUCUGACAGAGCUGGUCCGUGCUCAUAAAGCUGUGCAGGCCCUGAAGGAGAAGAAGAAGAAGAAGAGGAAGAAGAAGAAGCUGGAGAACGCGGAGGGUCUCUGCAGGCAUGCUAAACAGGAUGUGGAUGAUGAGUACGGCAGCGCAGCGUUUGCUCGUGGGUUACAGUCGUAUUACGCCGUGGCUCAUGCGGUCACUGAGCGGGUGGACAAACAGUCGUCUUUGCUAAUCAACGGUCAACUCAAGCAAUACCAGGUCAAGGGUCUGGAGUGGCUGGUGUCUCUCUAUAACAACAAUCUGAACGGGAUCCUGGCGGAUGAGAUGGGUUUGGGCAAAACCAUCCAAACCAUCGCGCUCAUCACGUACCUGAUGGAGUACAAGCGCUUGAACGGACCCUACCUCAUCAUCGUGCCGCUCUCGACUCUGUCUAACUGGGUCUAUGAGUUUGAUAAGUGGGCGCCGUCUGUCGUCAAAGUCUCGUAUAAGGGAUCUCCUGCUGCUAGAAGAGCCUUCAUCCCACAGCUGCGCAGCGGCAAGUUCAACGUGCUGAUCACUACAUACGAAUACAUCAUCAAAGACAAGCAUGUGCUGGCCAAGAUUCGCUGGAAGUACAUGAUCGUGGACGAAGGCCAUCGCAUGAAGAACCAUCACUGUAAGCUGACGCAGGUGUUGAACACGCAUUACCUGGCUCCACGGCGUGUGCUUCUGACCGGGACCCCGCUGCAGAACAAGCUGCCCGAGCUCUGGGCGCUGCUCAACUUCCUGCUGCCCACCAUCUUCAAGAGCUGCAGCACGUUUGAGCAGUGGUUCAACGCUCCCUUCGCCAUGACCGGAGAGAAGGUGGAUCUGAACGAGGAGGAGACCAUCCUGAUCAUCCGCCGCCUGCACAAGGUGCUCCGCCCCUUCCUGUUGCGCCGGCUGAAGAAGGAAGUGGAGGCGCAGCUGCCUGAGAAGGUGGAGUACGUGAUCAAGUGUGACAUGUCUGCGCUGCAGAGGGUCCUGUACCGACACAUGCAGGCCAAAGGAGUGCUGCUGACCGACGGCUCCGAGAAGGACAAGAAGGGUAAAUGUGUGUGUGAUUAUGAGUGUGUGGUUUUAGGCACGACUAAAGCAGAGGAUCGUGGGAUGCUGCUGAAGACCUUCAAUGAUCCGGCCUCUCAGUGCUUCAUAUUCCUGCUGAGCACCAGAGCGGGUGGACUGGGCCUCAAUCUGCAGAGCGCGGACACCGUCAUCAUAUUUGACAGCGACUGGAACCCUCAUCAGGACCUCCAGGCGCAGGAUCGAGCGCACCGCAUCGGACAGCAGAACGAGGUGAGGGUUCUGCGGCUCUGUACCGUCAACAGCGUCGAGGAGAAGAUCCUGGCGGCCGCUAAAUACAAGCUGAACGUGGACCAGAAGGUGAUCCAGGCCGGCAUGUUCGACCAGAAGUCGUCGAGUCACGAGCGCCGAGCGUUUCUGCAGGCCAUUCUGGAGCACGAGGAGCAGGACGAGGGGGAGGAAAUGCUCAAAAAGCAGGACAGGAACACUGGUCAAGAAGAGGACGAGGUGCCGGACGAUGAGACCGUAAAUCAGAUGAUCGCCAGGAGUGAGGACGAGUUUGACCAGUUCAUGCGCAUGGAUCUGGAUCGCCGCCGCGAGGAAGCACGCAAUCCGAAGCGAAAGCCUCGUCUCAUGGAGGAGGACGAGCUGCCCACCUGGAUCAUGAAAGACGACGCCGAGGUGGAAAGACUCACCUGUGAGGAAGAAGAGGAGAAGAUGUUCGGCCGCGGCUCCCGUCAGAGGAAGGAGGUGGAUUACAGCGAUUCGCUCACAGAGAAACAGUGGCUGAAGGCGAUCGAGGACGGGACCCUGGAUGAGAUCGAGGAGGAGGUGCGCCACAAGAAAACGUCUCGGAAGAGGAGGCGCGAUCGAGAUCCGGACGCCAUCCCGUCCACUUCAGGCGCUCGCGGGGGACGAGAGAGAGACGACGACGGCAAAAGACAGAAAAAACGAGGUCGCCCGCCGUCCGAGAAGCUUUCGCCGAACCCUCCGCCGCUCACCAAGAAGAUGAAGAAGAUUGUGGACGCUGUUAUUAAAUAUAAGGAGAAUAACGGCCGUCAGCUGAGCGAGGUGUUCAUCCAGCUGCCGUCACGCAAGGAGCUGCCCGAGUACUACGAGCUGAUCCGCAAACCUGUGGACUUCAGGAAGAUCAAGGAGCGCAUCCGGAGCCAUCGAUACCGCAGCCUCAACGAUCUGGAGCGAGACGUGAUGCUGCUGUGCCAGAACGCUCAGACCUUCAACCUGGAGGGAUCACUGAUCUAUGAGGACUCUAUCGUGCUGCAGUCGGUGUUCAGCAGCCUGCGUCAGAAGAUCGAGAGAGAGGAGGAGAGUGACGGAGAGGAGAGUGAGGAAGAUGAAGAGGACGAAGGCUCGGAUUCAGAGACUCGGUCUGUGAAGGUGAAGAUUAAACUGAGCCGUAAGGACAGAAGCGCAGAGCGCGGCAGAGGACGCAGGAGAACCGCGAGAACAAGAGCGAAACCUGUCGUUAGUGACGACGACACAGAUGAGGAUCAGGAGGAGGAUCGGUCCAACAGCGCCAGUGAGGAAGAGCAGGGAUGAAGAUCCACAGCAAACCAUUAAAGAUACAAACACACCAUACAGUAGAAGAACACAAUCAUCCCUUCAUCAGCACCCAGAAUAAUCGUUCGUUCAUACAUUCAUCAUUAAGAAGGAAUCUCUGCCUGUACUGAGAUGCUGUGGCUGUUUGAGUUUUAAAUCUCAGUGAGUUUUCAGACCUGGACGAGAUGCUCCUCAGACAUCGUCAUGUUUCUGUGACGUUUAAUAUUAGACGUUGCUGUUUUAGAAGAGCAAUAUUUGUGAUCGUCUGUCAAAUGAUCUAGUAUAAACCCAGUAACCUGUCAGUUAAUUGCACUAGUGUGUCAUUAGGAGAACAUUAGCAUGUACAGUAGAUGUAAUAGAUUAGAAGCAGCCUGUUAUACGCUCAUAUGAUUGUUGUUUUGUUGUACAAGCGGGGUGUGUGUGAAAGACCAGUUUUAAGGCCGUUAACACACUGACCGGACGCUCACGCUUACAUGCGCUUGAGGGAAAGUGUUUGGAGGGUUUUUGCAGACCGAAGCUCUCUGAAACACUCAUCUUGCGCUGAAGUACUCGAGUAAAGGACAGACGCACGAGAAGCGGUUCCCAAACACGCUCCUGGACCCCCAGCACUGCACGUUUUGCACCUCUCCUCUGUCCGACACCCAUUGCAGGUGUUGGAGUCUCUACUAAUGAGCUGAUGAUCUGAAUCAGGUGUGUGUGAUUAAGGAGACAUCAUGGAAAUCAUGGAAAUCAAACCCCUGCGCUCGGGGACGCUGCAAACACACGGGAACAGAGCUUUCUCACAGAAAGCGGCUUUAUGAAGCGGAUCCCGGUCUGCUCCCAUCUCUUGUCCCUGAAUCGUGUCGCUGCUCGUUUGUGUAACGCUGAAAUACGCUGAACUCUGUUUCUGUCGCUCGUAUUGCUGGAAAUCGCCAGCUCUGAUUGAAAAUGGAUGAUGUCUGUUGAUUUGUAACUGCUGAACGCCUUAGAAGAGAAUGGCCCUGUGUGCGUCUGAGUGUUUAUUCACGUUAAAGCAGGCUUUCUCAGCUCCAUCCCUAAUCAAACACACCUGAACAAGCUAACCGAGGUCUUCAGGAUCACUAGAAAGCUACAGCCAGGUGAGUCUGACCACAGCUGGAGCUAAAGUGGAUCUGGAGGACCGGAGCUGAGAAGUCCUGUGUUAAAUCAUCAUAUCUAUAACUGUUUCUGGUGUUUUGACGGCUGAUCUGCUCUGUUACUGUAGUAGAUGAAUCAUAUUAUUCCUGAAGUUUCUAGCGGCUGUUUAAUGGCAUGUGCUCUUAACUGUAGUGAAUGUAUGUUUGUGUGUGUAGAUCUUCAUCCACUGGAUGAAACCCAAUAAACAUCACAACCUCA